AUGGAGGGGGGAUGUCUGGAGGAAAGGGGGGGUUGGCAUCCCCAUCGACGAGUGACCUUUUCUACCAACAACCCGGUCCAGGACAUGCAGGAUGCCUCUCAGCACAGUUACUAUGACAGCGGCCUGGAGGAAUCGGAGACACCCAGCAGCAAGUCCUCGUCGGGACCCCGUAUCGGACCACUGACCCUGCCCGAGGACCACUAUGAGAGGACCACCCCGGACGGCAGCAUUGGAGAGACUGAACAUCCCGAAAACGAUAUCCGCUCCAUACCAGAUGUGGCGAUGACUGGGAACUGUACAACGGAGUGCAGCGAGCUGGGUCACUCAGACGCCUGCUGGAUGCCCGGUCACCCCUCCCCCAUGCGCAAGACCAGGAACCCGCCCAAACUCUCCACUUUUGUGCCUUACCAGGAGAGAGGGAGCCUGGGGCGCCUGGCCAACGGCAGCGCCAGGCAGGGGUGCGAGGAGCAGCGGCCUCGCCUGCCCCCAUCCCGUAGUGCCUAUUCCAGCAGCAGCAGCGGCCCAGAGCCUGGCUCUGACUGCCCGUUGGAUGAGAUUCCCCUCAGCGUCGCCACAGAGUACCCACCCAAUUCUCCUACCACUCACACGCCCAAACGAGAAAUCUACCUGUAG